UUAUUUUACGUUUUUUAAAUAAUUACAUAUAUUUUUAAUCAUUUGAUAACACGUAUUACUAUUGUAAGGUGUUUGCUUUUUUUAAAGUAGUAUGUGCUAAAAUUUCUCUAGGCGUCGAUAAAUUGGAGUAAAAUAUUUUUUAUCAGAUAGACUUUCUGCAUUGGAACAGAAAUUCCCGCCAAACUGGCACUGCUGUGAGGGUAACCAAAACAAAGGCUGGAAUUUUUAUUUUUAACGUCCAAAAUAAAAAAUUGAAAUUUCAAGAGUUGCAUUGCGAACAUGUCUGAAACGGAUAUAGAAAUACACCAUUCACCCCCUAGACACUUUGAUUAUAGAGGUAGUAGUAUUAUGGGGGAAACUCCUCAUACAAAUUUUAUCAAAACUUAUGAAGAGUCCAACACCCUACCUGAUCCUAUCCAAAUAAAGAUUCCCUAUGCCCCUACAAUGGAAUCACAAAUCAGAAGGCUCAAAUUAAACAUCGAGACAUAUAGAGAGCUGAUUCUUAAUUUAAAUAGUAUUUUACUAUGGGAAAAACAGUGGCAUCCAACAGCUCUAACAGCAGGCUGUACAACAAUUUUUAUGUUACUUUGGUUAUGUGAACCAAACUUAUUGACCAUUAUCUCAGUAAUUGGGUUGAUGAUUACUGUUGGGGAUUAUGUUUUACCAUCAGUAGUAUCUACAAUGUAUAAGCAAGAAACUUGGAAUACUUAUAAGCAGAAAGAGUAUGAGGAGAUUUGCACAAAUAUCAUUCUAUAUAAAACGAAAUUUGAAUUGCUGGUUAGUUCUUACUAUAGAAUGAGGGUAACGAAUCCAAAGAUGUAUUUCAGUCUCACAAUUAUCGGACUGUCGAUACUGAUUUGGAUUGGAGGAACCAUUAGCAACCUAUUCUUGGCAUAUAUUUUCGCCUUAUGCUUGUUAUUGCUUCCUGGAAUGGCACACAAUGGUUUCCUGACCAAAGUAUCUGCUGUUUCAUCAAAAAUAUUUACUGACCUGGUAGAGAAUGCCAAGACCAAAGUUGGUCAUAGAAAAGUUGAGUAACAAUUGUUCGAUGUUGGAAAGUUGAUAAUAUUUUACUGUUUAACUUGAUGUUUGGGAGAUUGCUCAAAAUAUGUAUGUAUUGUAUUUAGGUUAGUUGAUGGAGGUUUUUAUCAAAUUUUCAGUGUGAUACAUAGACUGACUGAUGUUACCACUUAAUUCCUUAAAUGUAAUUAGUUUUAUAUUUAAUAAAUUAGUUUUAUAAAAAA